UGGGUUGCAUGAGUCCGAAUUGAUCACUUAUUUGAAUCCCAGUCAUGUCAUCUUUAGCCCAGGAAAUCAAAAAGAACGGCGAAAGAGUUGCCCCAACAGAUAUGGAAGACAGUACGAACAAUGUCCAAAACAGCGCCAGAGAAUCUGAGUUGCCGCAAAAGUUUUACCGAGACGUCGCGUUUGUAUGUUCCCAAUGCGGGUGCGUUGGUCACACGGUCACAGCGAAAUCAACACCGUUUGCUGAGAAACAGUCGCAUGUUUACGACGAUGGAACAACGAGUUACUUCUGGCGUGCACACACCUUGACUGUACUGUUCUGUAUGCUUGCUGUGUUUGUUUAUGUCGCACUCAUUGAAGAAGUUAGUGAUGAUCUCGCUUAUAAUACUAAAAGAGGGGUGUCUGCGACUGUUAUGGUGUUUUGUUUAUUUGGCAUGACCCAGGCUAAAGAUGGUCCAUUCAAUCGACCCCACCCUGCAGUGUGGAGAUUGAUAUUAAUGCUUAGUGUUAUCUAUGAGCUUAUUUUGGUCUUUGUACUCUUCCAGACUGUGGAUGAUGCAAGACAGUUACUAAAAUACUUGGACAAAGAUUUAGGUAAACCUCUUCCAGAAACUUCCUAUGGUGAAAAUUGUGUGUUUUAUGACCCCGACCAUCCUGAUCCUUUCCAUAAUUUUUGGAAAAAAUGGGAUUUUUUCUUGGUUGCGCAUGUGUUUGGAUGGUGGUUCACGAGUUUAAUGAUUCGUGACUUUUGGGUGUCCCACGUGGUCAGCAUACUCUUUGAACUGAUGGAGUACACUUUAGAACAUCAGCUUCCAAACUUUAGCGAAUGCUGGUGGGACCAUUGGAUAAUGGAUGCGGCAAUUUGCAAUAGCAUUGGUAUUUAUGCUGGAUGGAAGACGUUAGAGUAUCUGAAUAUUAAGCAGUAUCACUGGAUUAACCUAUGGAAGAUACCCACAUACAGAGGGAAAGUGAAGCGUAUAGCAGCUCAGUUCACUCCAUAUAGCUGGACGAGAUACGACUGGAAACCCACAGCCAGUUUUAAAAGAUGGCUAGCAGUUUUGGCUGUAAUCUCAGUGAUACUAUUGGGUAAAUUGAAUUAUUUCUACCUUAAGUUUGUUCUAUGGUUGGCACCGCCACAUUAUCUCAAUCUUAUCAGGGUGUUCCUGGUUGUACCAGAGAGUGCAUGUGCACUACGUGAGACCUACCAAUAUCUGGAAGAUCCGACUUGUAAGAAGUUUGGACAGCAGUCGUGGAUCACUCUUGCCACCCUUGGGACGGAAGUAUUAAUUAUAUUAAAGUUUGAUCCCCAGCUUGUUUUGAAACCAUUGCCGUCGCACAUUGCCUGGUGUUGGCUCAUCGGCAUCAGUGCUCUAACCGUCUGGACAAUCUGGCAUUUCUUUAUACGUCAGUAUAUCAUUCACUACUACUCAGUGAGAUCCCGCUCCGAAAGUAUGAACGACCAUGGAGACAUCUCUGAAUCCAUUCACCCUCUUUAUAACGAUACCACGGCGACUGAAAAUGACCACAAGAAACAUCAAUAAUAGAAGAUGUGCGCCAUAAUUAUAAUUAUUUUUUUUUGUGUUUUUUUUUGCUUGUGGUUAUGCACAUCAUUAAUACAUGCAACAUUAUAUUAAAUAGUUUCAUCAGCAGUGAAGCGUUGCUAGACUUGUAUCUAAUUUGUACUUUUGAAGAAGUAAGACAUUAUAUAUUGGGAUAGGGAUUGUUUUAUGGAGUGUUUUGAAAAGGGAGAAAGUUGGUACAUGUAUUAUAUUAUUUAACAAAACUUUUUCAAAUACCAUUCAUUCAUCUCUUCAAUGAGUUUCAUCUAAUUUUACUCUACAAAAGAUUUUUGGAACUGAACAGCGACUACUAACUGUGUUAGUUCUACCCUUCAUACCCCUAAACCUAAAUGAACUCUUCCACAGCAUGCAUUAGCCAUUGUACAUUUCUUGUUUUUAUACAGACAAUAAUAUUGCCUUUUGCGCUCAUUGCCAAAUUUGGGUGAGAAUUUCAUGGAAUCUCAAAUUGCCAGUUGAUAAUUUAAUCUAAUUACAGAGCAUGAAAGUUUUUCGAAUUAAUCAACAAAUUAUUUACCAGGACCAAUCAUUUUCUUCAUUCCAAUACAUGUUAAAUGUCUCUCUCUUUUUUUUCGCAUAGCAAGUCUAAAAUAAUAGCAAGUUUACUUUUUGGAUUGUUCUGGCAAAUAAUUUUAAUUGUGUAGCCUAUAACAAGGAUCGAUUGAGAGUGCAGUGUCUUAAGGUUUUGUCUAAGGCUAACGUAAUAUGACAUAGUGAAUGUGAGCUCCCAGUGUAGUGCAAUACACAUUAGUAUGUCUGCUGUUUAGCAUCACUGACAUUGUAGAU